AUGUAUCAACAGCUAGAAGCUCUCCAUCCACGGCUAUCCAUGGCGGCUUUUGGGAUUCAAAGGCAGAUGCUUGAGGUCACAGUUGUUAGAUGUAUCAGGUUAAAAGACACAGAAUGGAGGAUAUCAAGGCAAGACCCAUACGUCUGCAUUGAGUAUGGUAGCACCAAGUUCAGGACAAGUACCUGCACAGAUGGAGGAACAAACCCUGUUUACGAGGAGAAGUUUAUGUUUAAUCUCAUUGAAGGGCUUCGAGAGCUAAAUAUCAAUGUCUGGAAUAGCAACACCUUAAGCAGUGACGACUUCAUCGGUCGCGGAAAGGUUCAAUUGCAGAAGGUUCUUUCUCAGGGAUUUGAUGAUACUUCAUGGACAAUAGUUGAUAGAAAAGAGAGAUUUUCAGGAGAAGUCCAACUAAUGUUGCAGUACACCCAUGCCUCCGAGAGAUCAAUGGCAAGCAAAGGCUAUUCUUUUACCCCGGGGCCACCACCACCAGGGACAACCACUAUUUACCCUUACCUGAUGCCCACAACCUAUUGUCCUGCUCCAACACCUUACCCUUCGUCAUAUCCCCCUAAUGGUAUAGCAGCUCAUUCAUCCUCCACAUAUCACCCAACUACACUACAAGCAGCCUAUCCACCACAGCCGUAUCCACCACCCACACAAACAUACCCACCUCCCACUCAAACAUACCCACCACAGCCAUAUCCACCACCCAAACAAACAUACCCACCACCCAAUCAAACAUACCCACCACCCACACUAAUAUACCCACCACCUCCACCAGGCUAUCAACCGGGUACUUCUCUUAGAGCUUUUUCAUGCAUUUUUACUGAACUGACUGUAAGACUGCAUAUCUGUAGUUUCUAAUCAGCUACUAUGUGCUCACCUUGCAGUGCCACGUCCAGUGAUCUAUCAACCAUUGCCAUACUGGGAUAGAGCUUCCCCUGUUUCCAAGUGAGGAGCACCAUUAUAGACAUUUGGUGCACCAUUUUUAUUACCAUUAGUUUAUUACAAUAUUUUUUUUUAUUAUUAUUUUUUUUUUACAAAUGAUAUAUUACAUUUAAAUUUUGCUUCAUGUAAAUUUUUUUAAUAUUAAUUCAAUGAA